UAUUUCUAUGAUUCUUGUUUGUUUACUCGUGCAAUUUGCAGUAGCAAUGAAAGAAUUGAUGAAUUAAUGAAAAUAUUAUAUCUAUAAUCUUUGGAAUUGAUGGUUUUGUAAAGAAGGUUGUGAAUCCUCGUGCCUGUGAUGCCUGGUACAAUCCUAGAGAAUCUCAGCGGUCGGAAGCUGAGUAUUCUUGUAACCAUCCUCUUGGUUUUUCAGAUGGCAUGUUUUCUUGUAGGAAUUACUUCUCCAUCUCCUGCUCGAUCUCAAACCAUUUUAGCUACAGUUUGCGAAGUUCACGAUACCAACCUUAAUGAAGAUAUAAAUGUUUGGUUUUCACGAGAAAAUUGUAGUAAAAUAGUUGAUUUGCAACAUCCCGAAUCAACAGCCAACUUAGAAGCCGAUAACUUGGUUUUCAUGAUGGAAAUUCCGUUGUAUGGUGAAGAUUUUUCAAGAUGGCAACAAAACCUUGUCGGUAUACUUCAAAUAGAUUCUGAUUACCAUAAGAAUCUCCAACUGUUAGAACCUGUCGUUGAAAUUUCUAUAGAUGCAAGAUUGGCUUACAGUAACAAACUGCCAAAUAGUAAGAAAACAGAAUGGAAAUAUUAUGCUCAUUCUGAAGAGAAACGUUACAUGGACUGCAGCAUAGAUAAAAGUAUAAAAAAUUUGGAUGGUCAUCCUUAUGACUGCUCAAUGGUCCCUUUGUUUGAAUUAGGCUGUUUGUAUCAUGAUUACUACCUUCUCAAUGUUCGUUUACCAUACAAUUAUACAUCACAGAAGAAUACAAAGUUAACUUCUCGGGUGACGGAUAUGUAUCUUCAUAUAAUUCAUAUGAAUGGAGGUUUUACUCAGGUGUGGUUAUCAAUGAAAAUGAUUUUCUUCCCCAUUAUCACAUCAAUAAUGGUUUGGUUCUGGAAUCGUGUUAGAAUGUUAACGAGAGUGGCGGCAUUGUUAGAAUGUAUGUUGAUGUGCCUAGGGGGUGCUCUAGCUCUUUUGGAUCUGCCAUUGGAAUAUCUCAGUUUGCAUUUUGAGAUGCCAUAUAUGCUACUCUUGGGUGACAUACGUCAAGGUAUAUUUUAUGCUGCAUUACUUUCUUUCUGGUUAGUUUUUGCUGGCGAACAUAUGUUGAUUCAAGAUAACGGUUGUAAGAAUAGCAUUAAGUUAUAUUGGAAACAUCUAAGUACUAUAAUUAUUGGGUGCCUUUCUUUACUCAUUUUCGAUCUUUGUGAGCGUGGUGUACAACUUAUUAAUCCGUUUUAUUCAAUUUGGGUCACUCCAAUUGGCACCAACCUUGCUUUGACUUUUAUUAUAUUGGGUGGACUUUCUGCUUCCCUUUAUUUCGUCUUCCUUUGUUACAUGAUCUGGUCUGUCUUUAAAAACAUCAGUAUUAAAAGAUCUGUGCUUCCUAGCAUGAAUCAAGCCCGCAGACUCCAUUACGAAGGAAUCAUCUACAGAUUUAAUUUCCUCAUGUUGGCAACGCUAGUUUGCGCGGCUGUAACUAUCAUUUCUUUCAUUUUGAGUCAGGUUUCCGAAAGUCAAAAUAAGUGGGAUGAAAAUGUAACUAUACAGCUGUCUUCGGUAAUGCAUACAGGUGUUUAUGGAAUGUGGAAUGUUUACAUCUGCGGAAUGCUUAUUUUAUAUGCUCCAAGUCACAAACAGUGGCCCUCUGAGCAGAUUUGUGAUGAAGGGGAAGAGGUAGAGUUCAAUAGACUUCCUGUGGAUUCCAGCCCUAAUGAGAUUUCAUCUCUGACUUCAUUUGCUACCAAAGCAAACAUUGACUGAAAAUUCACUGUUUGAAUUCUUCAGAUUAUUUUGGAAUCAUUACAAUAUCCAUAUGUAUGUAAAAUGUAUGCAAUAAUUAUUGUCUCACUCAUACAUUCAAAUGUAUCAUUUUACUUGGCAUUUCAUCUUAUAUUAUCCCAAAACUAUUCUUUUUUAUUUAUUUUCACCUGUAUUUGAAUGUUAUACUCACUCGAGUUUCAUAUCAUUUUAAUAGUUCCUUGAAUCGUUUUUUAGACAUGAAUUAUUCAAUUCAAUAUGGCAGUAUUACAUCAAAUGUGAUCUUUUUUGUGAAUUACUUAAUUUUUUUCAGUUUUAUAUUGUAGUUUUUUAAUAUCCUUGCUAAUAAAAUCUUUCAUUUAUA